GGCUGCGCUGCUAGUCUGGAGCGGAGCCUGGCAGCGGCUGGAGCGUCGGCGGCGGCUGAGGAGCAGCCGGAGCCCGCUGGACCGAGUCAGCCCGGACCCGUCUCCUCUCCCUUCGCGCGCAGGGCAGGGGGGCCCCGAUCCAUGACCAUGGGCGACAAGAAGAGCCCGACCAGGCCAAAAAGGCAAGCAAAACCUGCAGCAGACGAAGGCUUUUGGGAUUGUAGUGUCUGCACCUUUAGGAACAGUGCUGAAGCCUUCAAAUGCAGCAUCUGCGAUGUCAGAAAAGGCACCUCCACAAGAAAACCUAGAAUAAACUCUCAGCUGGUUGCUCAACAAGUUGCCCAGCAAUAUGCCACACCCCCUCCACCUAAAAAGGAGAAGAAAGAGAAAGUGGAAAAACAAGACAAAGAAAAGCCUGACAAAGAAAAAGAAAUCAGUCCAAGUGUUACAAAGAAGAACACCAAUAAAAAGACUAAACCAAAGUCAGAUAUUGUAAAAGAUCCUCCUAGUGAAGCAAACAGUAUACAGUCUGGGAAUACUACAACAAAGACCAGCGACUCAAAUCACACUUCAAGGCCCAGACUGAAAAAUGUGGACAGAAGUACCGCACAGCAGCUGGCAGUCACAGUGGGGAACGUCACAGUAAUUAUCACAGACUUUAAAGAAAAGACUCGCUCCUCUUCCACAUCUUCAUCUACAGUGACCUCCAGUGCAGGAUCAGAACAGCAGAAUCAGAGCAGCUCCGGCUCUGAGAGCACAGACAAAGGCUCGUCCCGUUCCUCCACGCCAAAGGGCGACAUGUCAGCAGUUAACGAUGAAUCUUUCUGAAAAUUGCACAUGGAGUUGUGGAAAACUAUGAAUCAGGGUAUGAAAUUCAAACACUCCACCUGCCCAUGGGGCUUCAAUCCUGGAGAGCCUCAUCUGUGCUUGAACACACACUUUCUUGGACAUCACCCUCUUACUGAUGCAACCAGGAUAAUUUCUGCUUGUCAUGGGCAUCUGGCCACCAAGGAAUUUCGCACCCUGAGAAUUACUCUUGACACUUUUAUGUAUUCCAUUGUUUUAUAUAAUUUUCCUAACAAUCAUUUAUAAUUGGAUGUGCUCCUGAAUCUACUUUUUUAUAAUAUCUGCUGUGCACAAUUUUCCAUGAACAUUACAACUUUUUGUUUUUUUGGAGUGUGGGGGGAGGGGGAGGGGAAUGGGACUUUAUUUAUUGCAUUCACAAACUCCAUCCUCCUUCAGCAUAUCCUUUAAAUUCAGUUCUUUCUUCUUCCAGUUAUACUGUGUACUAUCAGUUUUGAUAUAAAUUAUAUAUAAAUAUAUAUAUAUAAAUAAAUAUAUAUAAAGGGUUAUUUGAAACCAAUACAUGGAAAUGCUGGUGCUUGAAACACUGUGAAGUGAAACAAAAAUAUUGAACAGUUAAAGAUCUGGGACAGUCCCCUUUUGUGGAAGUGCUGAUACUGAAAUGGAACCAGGCUUAGAUGAAAAGUGUGUUCCGGAAGGUUUAAACCUAGAUGAGACCUGAUUUCUCCCUCCCCCGUCCCCCGCCAACUUUUGGCUAAACAGUUCUGUACAAAUAGUUUUUAUUACACAUUGUGAUCUAUAAUGGGAAGACUCCUCCAGAUAGCCUGCAUUCCCAAUAGAAUAACUCAGAAUGACAAAUCACAAGUCCGUGUCCAAUUGGAGUGUGCUUAUUCAAAAGUAACUAAGCUGGUUUCAGAAUGCCAUACAUUAAUGUAUAUUUUGUUUACUUGUUGACAUGGCUAUUUCUUUCAUAGCCAAUCACACAAAAAUGUGUUGUUCUGUAAUUUUGAUUAAUUCCAUUCAUUUUCCAGACCUGCGUCAAUGACUGAGGUGACAUUAAAUCUCUGUGGAGUGGCUGUUUGCUUUAGAAUUCAAGGCAGAAGAGAGCCCUAAGGCUGGAAGCUUUUUUUGAGCUGGUGAACCAAACCACUGCAUGUUCACAUCUGAUGUGGUUUGGUUCUUUCUUGGUCAAAUCUUUUCAUUUCUGUCUCUUUCCAUUCUGUUCUGGGGAUUAUUUUUGUGUUUAAUUGAGUUGAGUUUGUUAUUCCAAGAGCAAUUUCUGAACAGCAUAUCAUCCAAUGAUGACACAUAUAGGCUUGUUAAUGUUUGGAUACUUCUAGAUAUUCUGCUGUGGGAGCUACAGUUGAGAAAAAACUUUCAUGCUGGCAAGUGAACAACAAGUGCUGCUUCUGUUGAUGGUCCGUGUCUUUCAUUCUUGCUCUCUAUCUUUUCAGACUAUAAUCUUCUUUCCUGGUCUAUUAGCAUUGCUUUACAGUUUACCUUCUGUGCAUUAUCCUGCUAAAAUAAUAAUCUGAAGAGGUGAAACAAACGUUUUUUUAAGAUUCACGCUCUAUUUGUCUUUUUAUCCUUAAUUAUGUGGCCCAGAGUGCUUUGCAGUAAUUUCAGGCACAGAGUAUGUAGGUUUAUUUAACAUCAACAAGAUAGCUUUUGGGUGUUACACUUGGAAAGAGGGCCACUUCUCGGUAACUUGGUGCCAGCUUCUUACAUUGAGAAAUAGUUGCUUGGUCAAAAUAAUUUCUGUCUGUGGAGGCAACUGAAUAAAAUUCUAUUUUGAAAUCAGCUUGGUUUUGAGUAGCAGACAUGUAGGUUCCUUUCAAACUGAUAACAUUAUUCUGUGCUUAACUAAUCAGCUCUGCUUGCAUGGGUAGGGUGCAAAGCAGUGUCUUAACAGCUGCAGUUUUAUUCUGAACAUGUUAACAUGGGCACCCCCUUUAAUUCUGUUUUAUAUCUGGGAUAUAAGCUAUAUUUACCUUUUUUAAACCGCAUUUUUAAAGUAUUUAUUGAAAAAACCAAAGGAAAUCAGAUGCUACCUAUGAGCAUCAAUAUGUUAUACAUAGUUUUAAUACUAUGAAUUUCUCAAUCCACAUUUUUAAUAUUAGUGGAACCUUGCAGACAUUCCUUUUCAAGUUUUAAUGUUCCUUUAAAGGGUCUCAGGGAGGGUAAACUGGUCAGCCAUAUUUAUUUAUUUUACUGAGAUGUAUUGGAAUAAUUUUUUUAAAGAGAGAUUUUUCUGAAGAUGCCCCUGAACUUGUAUAUUUUGCACUGCUUUAUAAAUGAACCCUAAUCAGUUCGCUUGAAUGCAUUUGGCCUAAGCCAGCAAAGCAUGUAAGCAGGAGUGUAGUCCCACUGACUUCAGUGGGGCCACACUAAUGCUUAAAGUUACACAUGUGCUUGUGCGCUUUGUUGGCUGUUGUACUUUGUGCAAAAAAGCAUUGUAUGUACCAGAAAAUUACUUCAUGUUAAAUGAAUGGACCCAUAGAUCAUUUGAAAAAGCUUUAACACACAGUAAUGAGCUACUCAGAGGCUACUGAUUAAGUCAGUGAAAUCUUUGGUGGUUGUUUAUUUUGGGUGUGCCUCCUUGAUAAAUUAGCUUAUUGUAAGGAUGGAGUGGAAAAUUGCUUUGGUACAAGAGAACUGAAACUCUGCAUUUAGUAGAAAUUGCUAGCUAAGCAUUUGAACCUAACCGGGCCACAUUUUUAACUGUUGUGUUGUGGAUUUGAAGGAUAGUGUUUACUUUUACACUUAAUUUCUGAAAUUGAUAACACCCCUAAGGCAUGUAUCUGGAAAUGGACUUCCCUUCACUUUCUGCAUUUUCAGUUUACCCUGCUAUCAUUACGGAGCAUGUUUUUUAAAAAAAAAAAAAAUAA